AUGAGGUCAGGGAUUUCCAACUGGGCCAAGGGCGUUGUGUUGUCGUUGCUUUGGCUGGCGUGCAUCACAUCGGUGGCGGCCCAGGAUACGUCUGCCGAAGACCAGGCCGUCGUGCUGCAGCUGCUCAAAACUUUACCGUCCUGCGCUCUAGCCUGCAGCUCUACGUAUCCCCCGGAAUGCCCAGCAACCCGCAAAGCAUGCCUCUGCGCCCCUCAGUCGGGCAAGACGCUCGACUGUAUUUUUGGUUCGUGCACGGGUUGGGACGUUAUUUUAUCAAGACGCGCAACAAGCGUGGCAUGCAACGAACCCUUUCCCCAAGACGGUCGGAUACUACGAAAGAUCGCAUGGGCCUGCACGGGAGUGGGCGCUUUCGCCGUCCUGAUCAGAUUUCUUGGCCGCCUCGCCACGGCCAUACGUAGCAGCUCCACGCCCGCCUCGGUCGCCAGCACACGCGGCUUCCGGGGACUGUGGUGGGACGACACCCUCCUCGGCCUCACCUUCAUUCUCAUGGUCGGCAUCAUGGCCAUGUCCGAGGUGGCGCUCCGUCACGGCUUCGGCGACGGGCCCUGGGUCUCGGAGCCCUCGGACCUCGACCUUCAGGGCCUGCUGGUGUUCAUCGGUGAGCCCAUCUAUUUUGCGGCGUCGGCGUCGCUCAAGGCUUCGUUCCUGUUUCUGUUUGCGCGCAUCUUUGCUGUCGGCAGCGGCUGCACGUCGCAGCAGCGCUGGGGUCUGCCCCUCGGUGGGCCCUCCUCCCGGCUCCGGGACCGCUGGACACUGGCGGGCGUGCUCAUGUGGACGCACGUCGUCAACGUGGUCGCCACCGUGACUUUUAUCCUGGUCGUGUGCUUCCAGUGCAAGCCUCUGUACUACUUUUGGAAGGGCUGGGACGGCAUCACCCAGGGCAGCUGCAUCAACCGCAAGGCCGUGCCGUUGGCCCACGGUUUGGUGAGCAUUAUGCUCGACAUCUGGAUCUUGAUCAUUCCACUGUGUCUACUGCCCGCGCUGCGCGUUUCGUUUUGGACAAAAAUAGGUAUCGCGAGCAUGUUUUGCGUGGGAACUCUCACCACAAUAGUCAGCGCCAUCCGCUGCGUCCCCGUCAGCCGCGACAUCAACAGCAGCUACUCGCUGACCUGGAACCAGACCGAGGUGCUCAAGUGGACGCAGAUCGAGCUCGCCACGGGCAUCGUGUGCGCCUGUAUGCCGGGCCACGGCGCCAUCUUUGCGCGCAUCGUCCGCCGCACCAAGCGGCUGUUUGGCCUCAGCACGACCACGGGCGCCAGAACCGGCCGAUCCAACUCGGACGGCGUGCUCACGUUUGGCUCCUCGGGGCCCAGGUCCUUUUACUCUGCCGCUGUCGCGUCGGCGAAACGCACCGGUACGACGGCGACCGGCAAGGCGGAGAGUUCGACCGGCGGCGGAAGCGACCACCACCAGGGCAUAGAGGUCACGACUGAGAUUGCCGUGUCCAAGGAGCAGCCGUGGGGUUCGACGGUGGAGUUGAGGAAUAUUGGGACUGGGGCCUCGGACGAUUACCAUCAGAAUCUUCAUGGUUGGGAAAAGAGAUGA